AUACCGUCGCUGCUCGAAGAUAUAUGGGAAUCUGUCCUCAGGGCGGUGCCGAAGAAGAAGACGUCGCACAUGAAGAAGAGACAUAGGCAGAUGGCAGGCAAGGCGUUGAAGGACGUCACUGCGCUCUGUAAGUGCCCGGCUUGUGGGCAGAUAAAAAGAAUGCACUAUCUGUGCCCCAGUUGC